GUGGCGGUACCGCCUGAGAGCUGCUGUGGCCCGCGGAGGCCGAGGGCUGCGGACCUGCUGGCCCGCCCGCCGGGCGCCCCGGGGCCUUGGGAGCUGGGACAUGAGCGCGCCGAGGCGGUGGCGGCCUCGCUGCUUUCAGUUUUCAUUGAAGCCGCUGGUUACUGUUUAACGUCCCCACCCACGUUUCAGUUUGUUUAGUAAAUCGAUCGGACUGUGCGAGUCAGGCCUCUGCCUCGUCGCCCUUGAGCAAAGCUAAUAUCCCCCCGGCAUAUGGUGUCAAGUCUCGGCUGGAGAUCGGCAAAAGCAAACAAACAAACAAACAACAACAAAAUCCUUAAGCCUCCUCUCCCAGAGCACCAGCCCCACCCCCACCCCACCUCCGAGCUUUGCGCCAGCUUCCCGGGCUCGGGAGAGCGCGGCCCCGGACGCCGUGCGGGGCGGGUGGGGGCCCGCGGCCGGGACAUGCGGCGGCCGGCGCGCGGCUGACGGCGACGCGGGAGCUCCGGGGCCGCUCCGCGCAGAUGCGGAAACUGAAUUGGAGAGAAGUUGAGUGACUGGCCUAAACUUGCAAAGCUGGAGCAGCAGUGAAAGCAGCCAGUCUGAGAUAUUGACACUAUAGAAAAAACUGACAGCUUACUCCUUGUAUUGAUUCUCCUCUUCUCUACAAAUAUAGACUCCGUUCCCUACCACAGCCUUAUAGUUCUGCCCCAGAGACGACAAGUAUGAAUACCACAGACAACGGUGUCAACUGUCUAUGUGCUAUAUGUGGGGACAGAGCGACAGGAAAGCACUAUGGGGCAUCAAGUUGUGACGGGUGCAAGGGCUUCUUCAGACGCAGCAUACGCAAGAGUCAUGUUUAUUCCUGCAGGUUCAGUCGGCAAUGUGUUGUUGACAAAGACAAAAGGAAUCAAUGUAGAUAUUGUCGACUGAGAAAGUGUUUCAGAGCAGGAAUGAAAAAAGAAGCUGUGCAGAAUGAACGCGAUCGAAUAAGUACCAGAAGAAGCACAUUUGACGGCAGCAACAUCCCCUCCAUUAACACACUGGCGCAGGCAGAAGUGCGGUCUCGCCAGAUCUCAGUCUCAAGCCCAGGAACAAGCACUGACAUAAAUGUGAAGAAAAUUGCAGGUAUUGGUGAUGUCUGUGAAUCUAUGAAACAGCAGCUCUUAGUCUUGGUGGAAUGGGCUAAAUAUAUUCCUGCCUUCUGUGAGCUACCCCUGGAUGAUCAGGUGGCACUGUUGAGAGCUCACGCAGGGGAACAUUUACUGCUUGGAGCUACAAAGAGAUCCAUGAUGUAUAAAGAUAUUUUGCUUUUGGGAAACAACUACGUUAUUCACCGCAACAGCUGUGAAGUCGAGAUCAGCCGUGUGGCCAAUCGAGUUCUAGAUGAGUUGGUCCGACCAUUUCAAGAAAUUCAGAUUGAUGACAAUGAAUACGCUUGUUUGAAGGCAAUUGUAUUUUUUGAUCCAGAUGCAAAAGGGCUGAGUGAUCCAGUGAAGAUUAAGAACAUGCGGUUCCAAGUGCAGCUCAGUUUGGAGGACUACAUCAACGAUCGGCAGUAUGACUCUCGGGGGAGGUUUGGAGAGUUGCUUCUGCUCCUGCCCACGCUGCAGAGCAUCACUUGGCAAAUGAUUGAGCAAAUCCAAUUCGUUAAACUUUUUGGGAUGGUUAAAAUUGACAACCUGCUUCAGGAAAUGUUACUGGGUGGUGCUUCCAAUGACGCUAGCCAUCUCCAUCAUCCAAUGCAUCCACAUUUGUCUCAAGAUCCAUUAACUGGACAAACUAUACUUUUAGGUCCCAUGUCAACACUGGUUCAUACAGACCAGAUCUCAACUCCUGAAACCCCACUCCCUUCCCCACCACAAGGCUCUGGACAAGAAUCGUACAAAAUAGCAGCAAACCAAGCUUCAGUCAUUUCACACCAGCCUCUCUCCAAACAAAAGCAAUUGUGAGAAUAUGUUUACUUCUGAACGGCACUGCGCAAAUGUGCAACGUUGAUCUUGAAAUAUCUCAGGAUAGUACUUUUGGCAAACUCUCAGCCAAGGAGUCGUCAUGGUGCUGUUUUAAGAUGGUAUCCUGUUUUCUUGUUUAUAUGCUCAUUUUGUUUGUUGUUGCUGUUGUUUAAAACCUUUAGAUGCAACCAAUGUAUAUCUGAAUUCCGAUAUGUUUAAAGAGUAUAUUUUUUCCAACUUCCCUUGCACUGUACCUGAACCAGUUGAAUCCUAUGUACUACUUCAUUUGUUGUCUUAAUUUAAAUCUGUAAAUAAUUGCUUUAUUGUGAUGUGAAGCAGAACUUUUUGACUUUUUUGACUGAGAACUAUCAGAAAUCCCAGAUUAAUAUAAAAUGAACCAAAUUUUUAUAAAUUUUUAACUUGCAAAUUAGAAAAAUAAAGCAAUUGCUGUAGAACAGGGUGUAUUUCUUGAAGUAGAAUCACUCAUGUAUGUCUUUUUCCAAAAAGCAUCUCUUUGGCCCAUAGUUGAAUAUGCCUAUCUUAAGUUUAGAAAAUUAUCAAUAGCCAUUCCAAGGAUGACUGGAUAUUCCCUGAAAUCUGCCUGUAUUUGAAGAUGUAUGUUAAGAUAAAAUAUGUUAGUUUUACUAGAUGGGAUACAGGCUAAACUAUAAAAAAGAAACCUUUAAAACAGUGGGUCAACCAAGACAGACAUUUAUUUCUCUCUCCUGGAACAAUCUAGAAGUAGUCAUCCUUUCACUAGAACUUAGCACAUGCCCACAUCUAGUUCCCAGGGAGGCUGGAAGACUAAUCUUUAGGUGGAAAGCCUUGUGCCAACUAAAACUGUAGUUUAGUUGGGAGACUGAUAUUGGGAGAUGAAUUAGUCAUCUAUUACACACAUGUUGCCCUCAUUUAAUCCUCACAGCAACCCUGUAAGAGAGGUAUUAUAAUCUUUCUUUUAUAAAUAAAGAAACUUUUAGCUUAGAGGGUUUAAGUAAUGUAACCAAAGUUUUAAAGAGUAGGAGAGCCACAUUUAAGCCCAGGACUGGUUGAGUUUAAUGAUUGGUAUCGAAUGGAAAAUGUGAGCUCCUUACUGUGGUUUUUAAAUAUAUGCAAUUGAGUGAUGAUUGACUAUUAUCCGUUGUGAUACCUGUAACAUAUUUACAUGUAAGCAAUGAGCGUAAAUUUGUUGCAGCAUGAAUAAGAAACCACUUUUGUCCUUUUAAUGAGUCUUCCCCUAAAAAAAGCUCUAAACAAACCAAAGAAAACAAAAGCUAUACCAGAUAGGUUAUGAUGAAAACAGAAACAAAUUUAAAUCACUGACUCAGCAGAUUUUCAAAAAUCCAGUGGACUGAGGAGUAUAAUUCAUUGGAGCCCAUACUAUUUGAUGUCAUCUAAAGCUGGAGCUUAUUUAAAAACAAUUAAUGAUGGGCCACCUCAAGAAACAGUGAUCCUCUCUUUGUCUUUCUCUCUCACACUCGCACACACACACACACUCUUUAUUUGCUGUAGCAGGGAAAACUGUGAGUAGUUAUUAAUAAUACAAAACAGAGUGUCCCAAGCUGUAAGAGACUGAAUUAAAAUGAUUUUUACAGAACCUUUCAAAAUUUCUAAGAUUAUGGUUUCAUUAACCCCACUUACCCUACAAAUAAAACGGUUCUGUUAAUGUUAAUUUAUUAACUCUUAAAGUAGAAAAAUGAAUUACCUAGAAGCUAGCAUUGACUGAGAAUCAAUAAAAUUCCUUCAAGAGUUGGUACCUGGAAACUGUAAAAUAUAUUUUUGAGAGAGAGAGAGUGAAACAAGAAGAAAAUUUUUUUAACUCUUAUUUUUUGAAAAUUUACUCUGGUGUCUCUAUUUCAUGACUAAGAAUGUUUUUGAUUUUUAUAAAUACAAAUAUCUUUUGCAGGUUUCUGUUUAACUUUUUGUGUUGUUCUCUUAGAAGAUAUUUAAAAAAACCUUUAAAAUAUGAAACAUAUAAUUCAUUUUUAGUGAACCCUCUAACUUAUCUGCACAUUUACUAAACAGCCAUAUUUUAGAAAUUACUGCUAACGAUUUUGUUUUAAUAACUAUGGUCAGGGAAUUUGUAAUAUAAUAUUUUUGUAUACCUAACUGCCAAAAAUGCUGAAUGAAGAGGAACUGAAGUUUUCAGCAUAUUUUCAAAAUAUCGAUAAAGUUAUUGCUUUUAUAUAGCAGAAAACUUUUUUCAGGUAAUAAAAAUGAAUAAUUUAUUGUGAAAUAAUGAUUCAUUUUAUAAAUGUAAAAUUAUUUUUAUAAAUUUCAUUGUUGAAAAUCAAUACUUACUAGAUUUUUUGGAAAUGUUAAAUUAUAGUGAGAUUAAAAUAUUUCUAAACUCUGAUACCACAUUGUUUCACUGAACUUUCUAAAUAAAAUU